AUGGAGCCGGCCGCGGGCAGCGAGCGCCGCAGCCCCUCGGGCCCCGCGGUCCCGGCGCCGCCCCGGGGCCACGCGCCCUUGGCCGCCGCCCCCGGCCCGGGCCCGCAGAGCAACCCAGCUCGCGAGCCACCCAAGCCCGAAGAGGAGCGGCAGCUGCGGAUCAGCGAGAGCGGCCAGUUCAGCGACGGGCUGGAGGAUCGAGGCUUACUAGAAAGCAGCACUCGCCUGAAGCCUCACGAGGCCCAGAACUACAGAAAGAAGGCGUUGUGGGUCUCCUGGUUCUCCAUUAUUGUCACCCUGGCCCUGGCCGUGGCUGCCUUCACUGUCUCCGUUAUGAGGUACAGCGCCUCUGCUUUUGGGUUUGCAUUUGAUGCCAUCCUCGACGUCCUGUCCUCGGCGAUUGUCCUGUGGCGUUACAGCAAUGCUGCCGCUGUACACUCUGCCCACAGGGAGUACAUAGCCUGUGUCAUCUUGGGGGUGAUAUUCCUUCUGUCAUCCAUAUGUAUAGUGGUCAAAGCCAUCCAUGACCUCUCAACUAGGCUGCUGCCAGAAGUGGAUGACUUCCUGUUCAGCGUCUCUAUUUUAAGUGGGAUCCUUUGCAGUAUCCUGGCUGUGUUGAAGUUUAUGCUGGGGAAGGUGCUGACCAGCAGAGCACUCAUAACAGAUGGGUUUAACUCCCUCGUGGGCGGCGUGAUGGGCUUCUCCAUCCUUCUGAGCGCGGAGGUGUUCAAGCAUAAUGCGGCGGUCUGGUACCUGGACGGCAGCAUCGGUGUGCUGAUUGGCCUCACCAUCUUUGCCUACGGGGUCAAACUCCUCAUCGACAUGGUGCCCAGGGUGAGGCAGACCCGCCACUAUGAGAUGUUCGAGUGACGGUGGCCAGCAGGGCCUGGGCCGGCUGCUCUGCAUCCGCACCAAGACCGUCAGGACAACGAGGUUUCUACACAGGCAGAUGGUGCCAGUAUUUCAUUGAACAUCCAGUUUCUUUCUUGGCAAGUUUGUGUUCAUGGGAACAAGAUCUGCCCAGCAGGUCAGUCGGCACCGCUCCCCUUGCUCCACUGCCCCCAUCAACUGUGUUAGGACAAUGCGCACAGGAGCGGGGACAGGCUCCACCCCCUCCUCCAGCGAGAACUGACCUUUUUCUAUUCUCUGCAGUAAAAAAGGUUCUUGUGGGUAAGGUAAGAUCUUUACUUGGCAGAAAGUUCCUCUGCGGUGCUCUAAGCCUGAAAUGGAUAGCAAGUGACCAGACCCACCUCCUCUGGACCCCCGGUAGCCCCUCCUGGUCCAGAGUCUCGCGUCUCCUGGCAGAUUCUAAGGGAAGACUGUCCCUUUAGUCCCUCGCCCCUUGACAUGCCCAGAACCAUCAGUACAGAUCACUUCCUAAUUUCUAUCAAGGUAUUUCAUUAGUUUCAUACUGUUUUACUAAUCCUGACUCUAAACAGAUUUGUCCAAAAGGAGACCAUUCUAUUUUUAAAGUACUUCAUGACCCACAUAUGAGCUUUGCAUGGUUGAACUAAACACAUGACCCUGUCUUGUACAUUCAGAACCUGAACCUACAUGUAAAAACAGGAUCCAUUUUUGAGAGAUGUGAAACAACAGUUUAUUUGUAAUAAAUAUAUAAUCUAUCCAUAUAUGCAUAUAUCUAUAUGCUGUGUUAAGUGGUAAUGGUACAUUACAGUCUGUUAGAGAUGGCCCCUCUGUAAGGAACAAGAUGUUCUCUGUUAAUGUAAUGUUAGGUGUAGACUAUAAAAAUGUUCCCCCAGCACACAACAUUCUGUACCUCUGGAGCUGCUGCUCGUCCAGGCGACAGUGUCCGACCAAUAAAGACCUUUACCUGUUUUGUAUGGUACGGGGAGGUUAUCUUGAAGCGUUCUCACUGUCCCAGGCGGGUUUUCUGUUGUGGACAGAGGAGGCUGUGGACGGGGUCCCUUGGCGGUGAGGGGGGAGACCCUGAAGGACCGUCCCAAGGGGCGCUGUGCGCCCUGCGAGGUGGGGGGGCUGCACGGUGAUUUGGUGGUGUGCUUGGGGGCUGUCUCUGGCUCACUGAGGGGAGGUGGUUCAUUCUGAGGCGUCACUGACCUUGAUUCAAUCUGACACGCCCCACGUGGUUCCUUGGAAGGCAUUUUGAGGAGUGUUGCCUGGGAUGUUAAUAGGUCACAUGGAAAAGAGUUGACUGUACGAGCAGGUCUGGGAAAUGCAAGAGUCGAAAGAUUUCUUUUCUCACUGUGUCGGCAUAUGCUGUGGAAGCUUCAGGAGAGGAAGCUGUGAUGGAGUACCCCUCAAACAUAAGCACUCCGGUUUUGACUGGCACGUGUGGGGACUUGUGCCCCACAGAGGCAUGACAGGAACUGCAUGGUGUCUGCGUUCCAGGCAGUAGCCAAGAGUUCUGCUGGCUUCCGAGAGGCCGGCCAUCACUCGCCAGCAUGAUUUCAGACAAGCCCUUGGUGUGGGCACGGACAUGACCUUCCUUCUUUCCAGGGUAUCUCUUUGCACUCCCCCCUCCCCGCAAGAAAAGCCGUCCAGUCCUCUCUCCAAUUCCGUUCCCUGUAGGCGAAUGCAGGACGGGGGGAGCGGCUCUGAAAUGAGUCUCAGUGGAUGCCACCUAAGGGAAAGACUCCUCGAGGGUAAAACCGUUCCCUCCCCACUCCUGUCACGUACCUUCUCAUCAGUGUUUCCUGCAGGGUGUCUGCGAAUGGUGGCCGUCAUCAGUGGAUGCCGG